CCAAUCUAAAGGCGAUGCCUGCGGAGGAUGUUCUUCCAUUAUAUCGCCAUAAGAUGAAGUAUUUCCCAUUCGGUGUUAUGGAGUGAAAAGUGACAAUUACAGAAAGGUUUGUUUUUGGAGAAUUUUGUGACGGAUGAAUGAAAUUAUUUGAAAGAAAAUCAACAAGCAUUUCAAAGUUUAUCCAUCAUGUACAACAGAGGUAUGUAAGCACACUGAAUACCGUUAUAACCCUUUCAAUAGUAAAUUACGACACAUACUUUUUCUUCUUGGGAGCCUCGAUCUGGCCUCUGAGAGCGAAGCUCCCAGGCCAAACGACGUUACACGCGUAAAAAUUGUGAAAAUCAACAGUAUUCAACGGCCCACUAUGAACAGUAUUGUCAAGUAACAUGUUGUUACAGACUUACAGCAUUGUUCAACUGGAACAACUUGGAACAACAUGGUUGACAACUUGUUCAUAGUUGGCCGCACAACAUUGUUCACGCCUGUCGAUAUCAACUUGGAACAACCUGUGCGUUUUUAGCCGUGUACAUUUCUCUUUAAAGUUUACACUUGUUCGAGGUCCAGCUAGACUGCAGCUGGUGUUAGACAGAGUAAAAUAUGAAAGUAGGGUGCAUUGCCUCUUAAAGGGUUAAUACCUAUUUGGUGUCUUGAUGUGCAGUAGCGUAGCUAGCACGACGAUUUAGUUCCGCUAUAUGCAAAUAUUUUCGUGUUCAUUGACUGUCUAAAGAAAUGAAUCUUCUUUCUAAAGAAAUGAAUAAUGAUAAUAUUGAAGAUUGAAUUUGCAUAGCGGGACUAAAUUGUUGGCCUGGCUACGCCACUGUUGAUGUGCCCUUGGAAACUGUUUGGUUACCCUGUAUGCCUUUAUAAAAAGCAGACAAAUGUUGCUUAAUUCACAUUAGGCAGAGUACAGUAGGGCACAUUGGGGGUAAUGGGGUGCAAUGGAACCCUUUAAGUGGCAAUGUAUGUGCCCAGAUGCGCCCUACUUUAUUAUUUUACUCUGUCUAACGAGAGACGGGGGGAGAGUGCUGCCACAAAUGUUCCGAACUUUGUUGCAAAGUUUGCAAGUUCAUUGCGAAAUUCAAAAGUUCAUAAUGAGAUUCACAAACCAGUUUGUAAACUACGCAUUUGAUUGGCUUCUUUUACUUCACGGACCAAUCAGGGACUUUGUUUACAAAGUGGCUUGUCAAUUCCAAUAUGAACUUGCGAACUUUGUAACGAAGUUCGGAACAUUUGUGGCGAAAGUUUCGUGAAAUCGACUGUAAUGUGUUUAUUAUAGAAAAGUUGGAUGCAUGGAUUAAGGUGUGAAUGGGUUAAGUUAAACAUGAUUUGAUUUGAUUUUUUUGUAGGUGGUCAAAACCAUGGUAACUAUGGAAACAGGGAUAGAGGAAGACGAGGAAGGGGUAGGGGGAGAGGUGGCAGGGGUGGUCACCCCUCCGGAUUGUCUGGUCCACAGAUUGGGUUGUGGCAUAAGAAUAGAGGGAGGGGUGGCAGGGGUGGUCACCCCCCUGGAUUGACUGGUGCACAGAUUGGAUUGUUUUAUAAGCAAAAAUCACAAGAAACAAAAAUUAGAAAAGAACGUGAGCAGGUAAAUGUCAGAAUUAAGAUUUUAUCAUAAUGUGAACCAGCCAGAUUUGAUAGAUAAAAGCAUCCUAGGCUAAUAUUGUUUUUGUUCUUCUCAGUAGUAUCUACUAAUUGUUGUUUUAGCGUCAAGAGGUGAAAAUGACAGAGUCACAUGAGAAAAAGUUAGUUGACAUGCUGGAAAGCUUGAACAAUGCACCGUCGUCAAUGGAUCAAGCAGGUACAUGCACAUAAUGGCAAUAUUUUUGCUGUUAAUGUAAGUCAUAAGGCAUCACACCGAGAAAAAUUGUGUGUGAUACAGAGUUGCCAAUAAGCCGCACCUGCGGCUAUAAUCCAAGAUUGUGGUUUGAGAAUUUAUCUUCUUUCAGGCGGUUCUGCGACGUCAAACUUGGACAAUCAUCAUGAUGAUUUUCGCUUGCCAAAACCUCUUGUUGGAAAUGAUGAAGGCAUGAAUGAAUGGUUGAAAAAGGACUUGAUUAACAAGGAGAAGUACAACCAAACCUAUAAGCAGAUGUCGGUACGAAGUCGUUUCACAUUUUUUUAACAUUUUGUUUCAUUCCACAUUUCGUACUGUACAAUUUUAGCCUUUUUUUAAUUGUGUAAGUUAUAUGCAUAGCUAGUUUUGUAUAGUUCAAAAGUUAACUGUUAAGUGCUCCUUAGAGGUAGCUUCAGAAGUAAACCUCAACUAAACUAACUUUAUUUUGUACUGGGUAACUCUAAUGAGUUUCCUCUCUAUGCAGAGGUAGGUGGUGGGUUGGUGGAUAUGUAGGUGUGUUGGUGGAUAUGUAGGUGUGUUGGUGGAUAGGUAGGUGUGUUGGUGGAUAGGUAGGUGGGUUGGUGGAUAUGUAGGUGUGUUGGUGGAUAGGUAGGUGUGUUGGUGGAUAGGUAGGUGGGUUGGUGGAUAUGUAGGUGUGUUGGUGGAUAGGUAGGUGGGUUGGUGGAUAGGUAGGUGUGUUGGUGGAUAGGUAGGUGGGUUGGUGGAUAUGUAGGUGUGUUGGUGGAUAGGUAGGUGGGUUGGUGGAUAUGUAGGUGUGUUGGUGGAUAGGUAGGUGGGUGCUUAGGUGGGUGGGUGCUUAUUGAACAUUGGUUAUGGUUUGGUGGAGGGCGACUGUUGACCAAGUGUUGAGACUUAUUACCACCAGUCUAGUUUUUGGGCAUUUCCCACUGUUACUAGCCCAAAACUUUCUGCCAAACAAAAUCUAAAAUCCUUUCUUUGCAACAAAAUUUCACGAUUUCCUGGUCUGGUUUGGGACUUGUGUUUUUUUUUCUUUUAUAGGAAUUCAGAAAGAAGUUGCCCUCGUAUGAAAUGAAAGAUGUAAGUCCUAGCGCUGGGUGCCAGAGUUCGGUGUUUUCUAAAGAAGGACAAUUCAAAGCAUUUGCUCAAUAAAUUGUAGUAUAACAUCAAAGUAAACGACUUACAUCAAGAUUAGAGCUGUGCGGUUAACCGAAAAAUUCGGUUCUUCCGGUACUUUUUUCAGCACCGAAAAACUAUACGCAAAAAACCGGUAGUUUCGGUUUUAAUUUCCCGUUUAACGCCCACCUGAUUGCAGGUUGAAAUGUUUGGAAAAUAACAAGAUUGUGCUCUUUGUGCACAAUAUGCACUGUACUAAGUGCUCAAAUAGUUGAUAUUUUAGUUGUGAUAGUUAUUUUUGUGAACUUGCUUUAAAUUUUUUUAAAAACUAAGAAAUAUUACAUCUUCAUAAAUAAAUUCCAAUUGUUCUUUUAAAAUAUUCAGAGAUUUAUACAAACUUACAAAGGCAUAAAUUCAUCUAUUUAGUAAAAAUGCUUGAAACAUACAUAAAUGAGUUCAUGCAUUUGUACUGUUCUUCUUUUUUGAAAAUAACCGAAACCGAACCGAACCGAGGUUUUUUUGUUCCGAAAAAACCGAAACCGGAACCGAGAUAAAAUUUUUGGAACCGCACAGCUCUAAUCAAGAUAAAUGAAACAAAAAUAUUCUGAAAUAAAAUUAUGAAAAAAGAAAUGUCUUUGUUUGCGCUCAGCAUAAAAAAGAAAUCUCUCAGACACGAAGCGGCGACACGUCGGAAAACGAAUCUACCUGUUCUUUUGCGCAUGCUCGGUGUCGACUUUCGGUGAUAAAAAAGACUCGUACCGACCGAGUUCUUCGGUUUACGCACAGCCCUAUACACUAUUUUCAUAUUUUAUAAUUGACGUAUUUAUUUUAAUAGAAAAUUGUCCAGUUGAUAUCUUCAAACCAAGUUGUUGUCAUCAGUGGUGAAACAGGAUGCGGAAAGACCACUCAGGUAUAAAGGCGCAGCUCACCCUUUUGAAUUACGUCAUUUGGCCUGGGAGCCUCGCUCUCAUGAAUCGUGAGCCAAUCACCUUGCGUAAUUUACUAAUGAGAGCGAGGCUCCUGGACCAAAAAGUAUGUGUGACGUAAUUAUGGAAAGUGUGUAUUGAAAAACCUAACUAGGAAAAUCAAUUAAGCAUAAAGGCCCAGACACACCGGACGCGAUUCGACAACGCGGCGCGAUUUUUCGAUUUUCACUGACCGAUAACUUUGAUCCUUGUUUAAAUUUUCCAAAUAUUUAGAAGCGCUAUAACGUUUUGAGUUAUUUGGUCUACAUAUCUUUCAAAAUUUGCUCUCAUUGGCUGUUUUAUUAACUUUCAAAAACUAAAAAAUCGCGUCGCGUUGUCGAAUCGCGUCUGGUGUGUCUGGACCUUAAUUCAAGAUCAGUGAUCUCAAUGUUUUUAACAUUUUAAAACAUUUCUUUAUUGUUAAGAACAUUGAGUUUACUGAUUUGAAUUAUGCUCAAUUUAUUUUCUUAGUUAGUUUUUCCAAUAGACCUUUCCCCUUAUGAGUGAUCUAGAUAUACCUGGACAACAAUUUCAUCACAGCUUGAAAGAGCAUCACAAAAUUAGUAAUAUUCCGAAGUUUCGUUGCGAAAUGUUGUAAAAUGCGGAUAAUAUAGCCUUGCGAAGUUUUCCGUUUUUCAGUCAUUUUGCAUUACAAUCUAACAUUUUGCAUCAGUUUGAUCAUCUGAUUAUCAAUUUCCCAUUUGUAAUACCAAAUGACUUAAAAACGGCAAACUUCGCAAGGCUAUAUUAUCCGCAUUUUACAACAUGUCGCAACGAAACUUCGGAAUAUUACUAAUUUUGUGAUGCUCUUUCAAGCUGUGAUGAAAUUUUUGUCCAGAUUUGUCUAGAUCAAAAUUUCACUCAAAAGGGGAAAGGUCUAUUAAAAGGGCUGAAGCCAUCAUUCAAAAGGCUGAACUGUGCCUUUGAAGAUAUUGUUUGUUAUGGAAGUCACGACGUUGCAUAAAAUAUACCCAUGAAGACUUUGCGUUGAUAUGAAAAUCCAAAGUGAAGAAGCGGAUGAGGUAGAGUUAAACACUGGUGUUACACUUCCCGAAAGAUUGGGGGGGGGGGUUCAGGGGUUGAUGGUGAUGCUCAACGCUUGUUUUGUUUACAGGUUGCGCAAUUUGUAUUGGACGAUGCUAUCGUGAAAGGCAAAGGAUCUACCUGUAGGGUGGUGUGUACACAACCUCGAAGAAUUAGCGCCAUAUCUGUAAGUGACUUUGGAUAACCUACAUGGCAACCUCGUUCCCAGGCUCUUUCCUCUACGCUUCCAGCUAGGAGCGUAGAGGAAAGAGCCUGGGAACGAGGUUAACCUUUGUGGCUGGGUUUAUAUCGCGGUCACAGAAUAAGAAGGUAUAGCAGAAGUGUAACUCAAGCAAGUAUUUGGCCGCGUUUUUACAAGCAAUUCGUCAUCAAUCACGCCAUCCUGGCUAGUACAACCGGCACUUUGUACCUACCAAAACCUGAUAAAAACUUCCGGUUGUACUAGCCAGGAUGGCGUGAGCGAGUUAAAAUUUUCGUAGACGUAAAACAAUAAAGGAACCGACUCAAGUUACACUUCUGCUGUACAGUCCUAUUCUGUGUCGCGGUACUCACGGCAAUACACCUUUCUGGAAAGUAUUUAGCUUUGGCUGAUAGAGACUCCUUUCCAGGACUGCGAUGCUUUAGAGCCCUUUAUUGUUAGCGAUGACUUGAUUAUAUAAAGGUCUUUUAUAUUAAUAUUUAUCUAGAUUGCAGAGAGAGUGUCUGAAGAACGAGGCGAGACUGUUGGGAAUGGAAGCACAGGAUAUCAGAUACGACUUGAAAGGUAUUUGACAUUUAUGCCUGCUUUUUAUAUUGUAGACUUGCUUCAAGCAACUAUUAAUUUGUUAUAAAACAUUGAGACUGGGUACGCCUCAGUAUCUGGGCUGGGCUUGCAUAUGGAACCCGGCAAACGGGGCUGGCUCGGUUCCCAAGUGAAUCAAAUGUCAGGUGGGACUUCACAUUCGCGAAGCCUCCCGAGUAAUAUGCUAAUUUUUCUGAUUUAUCUUUAGCCAGCUACCACGUGACCAAGGUUCUAUUAUCUUCUGUACAACGGGAGUUGUGUUGCGAUGGUUGAUCAGUGAUCCGUAAGUUGAGUUGUCAAAUCUUGAGGUUACUCUAAGGAGAAAUAUAAAAGGGCAACUUUUGAACAAAAGUUCAUUUUUUCGUUUUAGUGAUCUUACUCGAGCAAGUCAUAUUAUUAUUGAUGAAAUUCAUGAACGAAGUAUUCACUCGGAUUUUCUGCUUAUUGUCGUUCGAGAUAUUUUGCCUAGAAGGUAUAGGGUAGUGUAACUUUUGUUGAAUCAAAUAUGUGAGUGUGAUGGCUGAUCGAAUCCAAAAGGAUACUCUAUCCAGUUCUUGUUAACACGGAUUAUUUUUGUACAGACCAGAUCUGAGAGUUGUUCUCAUGAGUGCGACGUUGAAUGCUGAAUUGUUCUCGCAGUAUUUUAGUAAGUUGAAUUGACUUGAAGUGUGGCGAUUAUGUUACGGAAUCAUCCCUCACAAAAACAUCAAGAGAAAAUUUGCACGUGAUUUCUUUCACUAUCUAGUCAAACUCAUUGAUAAUUCAUGAGUAAAUUAGCCAACCGUAUUGCUUUAUUUUGCUCACAUGAUAAUACUGAAUACCUGAUGAAGUACAUUGAUCCAGUCCUAGGAGUAGAUCAAAAUUAAUUAAGUCCUUGGACUUGAUCAAAAUUAAUGUACUGUACCUCACUUUGAGUAGUGAUUUAUUCGUGUGAGAUGUCAUUUCAAAUCCUCUAAUUUGGACUGGACUAGAUUUCAAGUCCCCAUUCAUCCAGUCCUCGUAGUCGGAUUAUAAAUAUUACGUCAAAGUAAACUGCAUAAGAAGUUUUCCCGACCGGGAUAGGAACUCGAACUUUCGUUAUGAGUCAAUAGGGUUUGCAAGCGGAGACGAGUUUUAUCCUUUGCCCAAAGUAUUUUCGCGACGACUUUUAAACGCUGUCGAUGCUCGCAUACAUUCCACUCGGAUUCAAACUAUUAUUGGAUUAUUUUAGAUAACUGUCCUAUGUUGAAUAUCCCUGGUUUCACCUUUCCAGUUCGACAACAUUUCCUGGAGGAAAUCAUAAAAAUCCUCAGGUAUUGACUGGGACAGAGGGGAACAGUAUAUGUAAACCGCAAUCAUCGUAGACUAUAUUGAAAAAUUUCAACCACUCCGCCCCCCCCCCCCCUUGGCCUGCUGUCCAACAAUCAUAGUUUGAACCAACAUUGUACUAGGGGGACGGGGGGGGUGGGGUUACUAUUUCUAUAGCGAUCAUGGACAUUUGUAUUAAAGGCACAGUUCAGCCUUUUGGCGAUGGUUGUUUUUAAGGCACAUUUUAGCCGUUUUAAUUGAAAAAACUAACUAGGAAAAUCAUAAUUCAAGAUCAGUAAGUUCAAUGUUUUUAACAAUAAAAAUGUUUUAAAAUGUUAAAAACAUUAAGUUUGGUGAUCUUGAAGUAUGCAUAAUUGAUUUUCCGAGUUAGUUUUUUUCAAUUGAAAUGCACCUUAAAUUUAAAACCAUCAUUCAAAAGGCUGAACUGUGCCUUUAACUAAAAAUAAGAUGGAUUUACAAAAUAGUAAGACAAGAUAGUUUGAAAAACGUCUACGAAUGGUAUUUCCAUGAUUGCGGUGUCAUUUGUGCAGGUCCUAACAAAAAAAUCCCUGUUCGUUUAUGACUGCAGUUACAAAUACCAACCGAAGACAAAAACACAUUUCCACCGAGGUCGAGGGAGGAGAAAUGAUGAGAAGCGAAGAAAAGAAGAAAUGUGGAGAGAUUAUUUAAAUCUCGUGCAAUCCAGGUAGAAUUAUUACACGGCUAAAAACGCACAGGUUGUUCCAAGUUGAUAUCGACAGGCGUGAACAAUGUUGUGCGGCCAACUAUGAACAAGUUGUCAACCAUGUUGUUCCAAGUUGUUACAGUUGAACAAUGCUGUAACAACAGGUUGACAAUGCUGUUCAUAGUGGGCCGCACAACCUUGUUCACGCCUGUUCAUAUCAACCUGGAACAAGUUGUUGAUUUUCUCAAUUUUUACGCGUGUAUUGAAGGCCAUGUCAUAAAAACUCUGGGCCGCUGUUGUUCCCAACAGCUAAGACAGUAUAAACUUGGAAAUAUUUCUUCAAUGAGAGUUUUCUUUUCUGGAAACGUUUGGUAACUUUUAAGGCCUUAAAUGACUCACACCAAAAUACUUGACAGAGAAAUGCCGGAAAUGGGCCUUAAACCAGGUUUGAACAACCGUCUCCUGGAUUGGAAAUUCAUGUGUUUCCUACUUAAGGUGGCUCUGCGGAGGAGAGCGGUUAAUCUGUAUUCUAAAAGCUCACUCACAUUCAAAGUGUGGAGGUUCAAUCUGAGCUUCCCUUGAGUGUCAGUGCUGUUUUUGAAUAGCUGGAGGGUUAGUGACGUAGCUUACUAUGCGACUACUCACCUUCCAGCUAUUCAAAAACAGCAUUGACACUCAAGAGAAGCUCAGAUUGAACCUCCACUCAUUGAGUGUUAAUGUGAGUGAGCUUUUAGAAUACAGGUGUAAGUAAUGAUUUGCUUCAUUAGGGAAAAAGACACGUUUACAGUUGAGUGUUUAGAAAGCAUGGAUUUUGACACGAUUGAUUACUGUCUGGUGGAGCGACUGUUGAUGUAUAUUGGCCGUGAUAUGCAGGUGAUUUUAUUUAAGAACCAUCUUCAGAGAUGUGAAAAAAUUGUUUCAUAUUAUUGUGAGAUUGCAGCACCUGUUUAGCCUAAUUUCCUGGUAAGCACCACUUACAUAAGAACCUGUUUAGGCUAACUUGGAAAAUCUAGGCUCUUAUAUGCGGGGUUUUACUGUAUACUUGAUUUAUCUUUAUAUAUUGCAUGCAUUUUGUUUUCUUAAUUAUCUAAUGGUUAAUUAUCUAAUGGUAGGAUAGAUUACUAAAAUAUUAUGGUUGGAAAUUAUUGAAAUUUCAAAAUUGCAAAGAACUUCCGGGCAAUGAUUGUGCAAUCUGCAAAAAGAUAUCGGCCCAGGCCUCCCAAUACGCCUUCAGUCUCCCCCAGAGUCCCCCCCCAAUACAUUCCUAUUCUUACUGUAUCUAUGUUGUGGUUCAGGAUGGGGCUGUUCUGGUGUUUCUACCAGGAUGGAAGGAUAUUUCUACGUUACAUGACAUGCUGAAAAAAAAUCCUUUUUUCUCAUCAGGUAUGUUACCCGCAGUUUUUUGCUUGUUUUUUUGCAACUCUGCUAUAGUUUGACAUAUUUUGCCACAUUGAUAUUUUUCGUUUAUUUAGAGAAAUUUCUCGUGUUGCCUUUACACUCUCUCAUGCCAACCGUAAACCAACGUCAGGUAAAUUAUAAUAUACAUGAAAAAAAAUUACUCGAUUCGAUUCUGAUUAACUAAAAGGAGAGUCCAAUUUUACAGUUCUGUUCAAAACAAAAAUUAUAUCUGUCUAUUUACUUGAUGGAAUUUUAUCCUCCAUAAUUAUGGACAGUCAGAAUGACUGCUCCGGAACGAAUAUUUCUAACAAAUAUUUUUUUAUAAUCUAUUCGGGAGAAUAUAAUUGCAUUUUAUAAUUGCAAAAUGUUGCUGUAUUACCUACAAAAUUGCGAGAAAAUUCCAUAAAAUGUCCGGACUUUAAAAAUAGUCCAAAAGGUCUCGUACACGUUCUAUGAGUGAUUUGCCCCUUGGAUAUUUUUUCUAGAUAUUUGAUAGACCUCCUCGUGGUGUGAGGAAAAUUGUUCUCUCAACCAACUUGGCCGAAACGAGGUAAGACCAGAGGACAGAGACCAGGGGGGGGGAGGUCAGUCCUUGUUAGAAGCUCAGGAGGGUGAGCCCCCCUUGUUAAAAAUUUCAUGCCGGUUUUGGGGGCUGAUCCCCCCAACAUUUUUGCGGAUUGCACAUUCAUAACCUGGAACGUUCUUUGCAACAGUAGUGUUGAAAUGAUGCGGUACUGAUGUUAGUAAUCUUAAAUUUUUUGUCAGAUUGUAAAAACACAUUGAUAUCGAUGGAACUAGAUUGAGUUCCGAAAUACCACCCAUUCGAACCGACUUGACCUCGUAGCUCAGUUGGUAGAGCAUUGGACUGGCAAACCAAAGGUCGUAGGUUCGAUUCCCACCAUGGUCAAGCACACUUUUCAGCGUUUCGUUCGAGGUCGACUUGUGGCAAGUCUAGGUGUGGACAAACUCUGCAGAGACAACACAUAAACAUAUUUGUUCACCUGAGUGUAUGACACCAGAAACAAAAAAAAAAUACUCUCUACUUUUCUAGUAUUACGAUCGAUGAUGUCGUGUUUGUUGUCGACUGCGGGAAGACUAAGGAGAAGGUGGGUGUAUAGAAUUUUAGGGCCUGACCUCAACCACACGGGAAUCGAAUUCCAAAAUAAUGUUGUAUUCUACUUUCUGGGCAUGGUAAGAUAUCUUAAAUGUCUUUUGGUUUUCAAUUUUUGCUAGAACUUUGACGUUGAUAAAGAGCUUGCUACCUUACUGCCAGUCUGGGGCAGCAAGGCUUCGUGUAAACAACGAAAAGGUCGUGCUGGGAGGUACUGUGAACAGUGCUACAUUCAAGGCAUUUGA